AUGGACACCCUACGACUGAAACCACGCCUGCCAGUGGCGGACGAGAUCGAGAACUGGGAUGAUGACGACGAUUUCUUGGUCGACGGCGACGAGCUGUCCUUUCGAGGCUCCGUCACCACCACGACAAGCACAAACCAAGGCCCUUCGCGUCGCCGUGACUCCAACUCGUCACACGUCUCACUCCGCUCCGAUUUGGAGUCCUGGUUUGGCGAAGAAAAGCAGCUCCAUCUUCCCGAUGACGACGAAGCCACCACCCUCGAUGCCAUUGCUGCUGCAGAGCAUGCCGGCAUCCCACUUCCCAAGAACAUUCCCUCGUCGGCACUCAUGGGCGGCACCAUCAAACGACUGGGCGGAAGGAAGAUUAAGAAAAUCAUCCAGGAGGACUGGGAAAACGAUCUGGAAUUGCCAGAGUCGUCCCAGGGACUGAAGAUCAAACCAAAGGACGAAUCCGAAUUUCCAGAGUCGCUUAGGCAAGUCAGCGCGGGUUCGGUGCAAACGAGCCCGACGAAGCUCAAAACGCUGCCUGGCAUCACUGCGGGCCAAUUUGACCGCAGAAGCUCGACACAGUCAACCACCAGUGCCUUGUCGGCAGCUCUCAACCUAGACAAGUUCAAGGACACUGACGACGACGACUUUUUUGGUGAUGGCUGCGACACGAUCAAGGUGUCCAAGAGCCGUGCAGCCCCAGAGCCCGUUUCCCUUGUCACGCCGCCAACACCGAGCAAGUCUGCCAGUGCUGGCAAAAUGAAGGACACGGACGAUGACUUUGAGAACGACUUUGAGCUGCCUUCGGACGGAAAGUUGAGACUGUCGACUAGGAAAGACAUUCCCAAGACGCCCUCUGGAGGUGAGGAUUUGGAUUGGGGAGAGGGUAGUCUCGGCACCAGGUACGGCGGGACCCGGCGAGACGGGCGGUCCAACAGAAGUUCCUCGGCAUCUGCAUUGAGCCCGAGCGUCUCGAGCUCCAUCACGGCUGAGAGUGAGGAUGAAACCUUUGACGGCCUUGUUCUUCCUCCUGGACCUGUCAAUUUCCGAGAGAGGCUGCAGCACCGAAAGAAGAGCAAGUCUCCAGAGCGGAUUCCCGAGGAGCCUGAGCCGUCUCCCAAAAAGACCGCGCCAGCGGAGGCGGACCGUCAGGACUUUUUUGAUGGCCUCGACAUCGCGGAUGGCAAGGUUUUCGACUCGGGAAAGCUUACUCUUCAUCGCAACAUCAAGAUCAAAGAGUCGGCCCCCGCCAGCCCGGCUCGUCCCAAGACGGCCAUUUCUUUGACCUUCACCAACAAACCUAGUACCCAAACUCGAAUUCCCCGCCUGAGCCACGAGAGGGCGCGCUCCACUCAGCUUGAGCCCGUUUAUGAGAGCGGUGGUUCGACAUUUGCCCAUAGAGGCCGACGGUCGCAGUCGAGGAUGGGACAUGCUUCGCAAUCAUCGGUCACGAGUCUUCCAACGCCCACUACGACAUCUCCCGGUCGUGCAUUUCCUCCUCUGACCCCCCAGCGCCGAGAGGUUGGCGCCAGGUCAUCUUUCUCGUCGCUUCGUAACGAGCCCUCCACUACCAGCGCGCAGCUUCUUAAGCAAAAGCGGUCUCUCCCUGCCGUGCGUGCUUUGAACACUCCCGCCAAACCGUCGACUGCGCGCACGUUUGACCGGCCGCCCUCGAGGACCGACACAAAUAGACCGCAGUCGUCGCUUCGGCCUAAGACGCCCGUCGAACGCCAGCGAGCUGGCAUGACGGAUAGCCCCGGCACUCAAUCCAGACGGACUCAUCUCCCCUUCCUUCCCGCUGGGGCGUCGCAGUCUCAGUCUCAGCAUGUCGCGUCUAAGACGCUGCGGCAGUUCCGUCGCCACGAUUCCGACAAUGCUAUCGACAUUCGGCCGUUCUCCCGCUCGUUCUCGAGAUCUGGAGCACGGUCGCCCAGCCCUCAGCGCUAUCGCGUGGCUGCUGACACCUGGGAGCGGCUGAGCAAGCCCAAGAACAAGAAGCACUUUGGCGACGGGCAUGAGCUGGACGGCUUUGACGACCUCCCUACCUCCCGAGAAGCCGAAACACGGUAUCUGAAGCAGCCCAUUGUGGGCACUGCCAAGCCAGCUGCGAGACCCAGGGGUUUCCAGAACAUCCUCCCUGACAGGACAUGCACCCCAGCUCCCCCGACUCCGUUUACCGCCAAGCCAACUCAGACGCCUCGAUUUGCACGCGAUACUGCCGCCAGCCGAAUUGCGCGCGAGACGGCGCGGGCACAGCGUGUCCCCAGCAGCGGUCCCCUUGCCCCUGUGACUGCUCAGAGAGAAGCACAGCUGGCGACUCGAGGCAACGUGGGACUUCAGUCCCUUCUGCCCCAGCCGACUGUUCGUUCCAAGAAGCGUUCCAAACCACCUCAGCAACUCAAACCCCAUCUCAUCGCAAACCUCAACUCGGGUAAAGAGUCAAAGGUCGUGAAUGGAAUGUUUUACAACGCCGAGACCUACCGCUGGGAGGGCAAUGAGAACGCUUUGAAUGCCUUUGACAACGCUCCAGCCUCGACCCCGUCCACCGUCUCUGUUCCCCAGCAUAUGGUCAGAGAAAAGGAGGUUGCGACACCCCGUCCUGCCUUGAUCACGAACAUCAGUGCGACAAAGGGCGUCCAGGUCGUGGGCGGCAUGGUGUUUGAUCCAGAGCACAUGUGCUGGCUGAAGCUUGGUGCACAAGGUAGCGCCAAAUCGGAGGCGGGCGAUACCAUGGAUGGGUUCAAUGCCCUAGACGACGAUGAGGACGUUUUCAAAGACAUCCCCGAUCUCGAGGACAAGUCUGCAGCUGACGACAAGGGAGACGGCCGAGCGACUGACAUCAAAGACGAUUGGCUCGUGGGUGAGGAGUUUGAUGUUGGCCCGGAGUUCGUUCGGCGCCAGCGCGAAGAGGAAGAUCGAUGGCGCAAGAAGUGCGAGAAAUGGGUUGGGCGCGGUCUCCGAGACCGCGAGGUCUGGAGAUGGACCAUCCGCGAUCUCGUCUCCCAGUUUGAUGAGCUCACAAUGUGA